AUCAUACGGCACAUAACCGCGAAGACAGCGUGCACGCGAUAGCGGGUUACACAGUUUUACAGUUUAUUGGUCAUUAGAAUUAAAAAAAUGGUCCGUAAAUUAAGAUUCCACGAGCAGAAGCUCUUAAAGAAAGUCGAUUUUAUUAACUGGGAGGUAGACAACAAUCUCCAUGAGGUGAAAGUGUUGCGGAAAUACCGCAUCGAGAAGAGAGAGGACUACACCAAGUACAACAAGCUGAGUCGCAGCAUCCGAGAGCUAGCGCAGAAGAUCCGCGACCUGAAUGAGAAAGACGGAUACAGAGCUCAGUGCACAGCGCAGCUGCUGGAGAAACUCUACGGCGUUGGUUUGAUCCCAACCAAACAGAGCCUGGCUCUCGCUAACGACGUCAACGCUUCAUCCUUCUGCAGGAGGCGGUUACCGUGGGUGAUGAUGAAGCUGCGCAUGGCUCAGAAUUUGAAGAACGCCAUCACGUUUAUCGAACAGGGGCAUAUUCGAGUCGGUCCUGAGAUCAUCACAGAUCCUGCGUUCCUGGUCACGAGGAACAUGGAGGACUUUGUGACCUGGGUGGACUCGUCCAAGAUCAAGCAACACGUCAUGAAUUACAACGAGGAGAGAGAUGACUUUGACCUUGUGGUUUAAAGCUACCAGGAGAGUCAGCGCAGGCGAUCGGGAGCUGAUCAGGAUCUGCGCUUCACUCGCCUCGAACGCCGUGAGGAACAAACGAAUGGCAGCCAUGCUUCAAAGAAACGUGUUCGCAAACCUGCGUAGGCAGGAGCGUGUCUCAUUUCGAGCUUUUACACGCUGGUAUUGUGUCACAAGGUGAAAAUAUUUAUUUGAGACGGAAUAAAAUUAAAACGUUUGUCAAUAACAGGUACAAGCAGUAUCUGUAGAGUUUAUAAAGCUGUCAUUUUUCACCUUUAGGAUAUUUUAUAUUUUAUAAUAAAUUGUUGGGUUAGUGCAGCACAUCAUUGUGAUCGAGCCCUGACAUUUCAUGAACACCACUUACACCCGGGUGUUCAGUGGCAGCUCAGUUAAGGCUCUGGGUUACUGAUCAGAAGGUUGUCAGUUCAAGCCCGAGCUUCAUUUUUGGGCCCUUUAGCAAACUAAACCUAACCCCGUUUGCUCCAGCAGCACCAUAUCAGCCUCCUGCUUGGGAUAUGCAAAGAAAAGGAUUUCACUGUACUGUUUGUGUGUGUGUGUGUGUGUGUGUGUGUGUGUGUGAGAGAGAGAGAGAGAGAGACAUAAAUAUCAGCAUCAUUCCAUCAUCUCAUAUUAGGAAAUAAUUAAAACUGAUUAGAAAACAUAAACCUUUAAUGGUGUAAGGUGCAAGCUUAGAGCUGACGCAACAGAUGUGAGGAUACAGUACCAGGAAUUUGUUUAAAUAUUGUAAUAAAAUUCAUCAAAUAUAACCAGAUGAUGCAAACUGCGGGGUCCAGGGGCCAUUCAAAAGUAGAGUCUCUGGCUUUAUUUCUCUUUAAAACAAAAAGUAUCAGUUUUUAAAUAAGAUGAUGUAUAACUUUGAAACAGAAAGCACCGACAUCAAAGAACAAAAACUUGUACAACUUAAAAUAAAGAAUAUUUUUUUUAUUGUUUGAACAA